AUGAACUGGUCUGUGGGAGUCCUGCGGGCCGGCAGGAGAGUGAAGGCUGCGAGAGUGAAUUUCCUGUGCCCGAGGGGGGCGCUGUGUCCCCGCCAGCCGGCAGGCAUCCCCCUUCCGGUCGCCUGGCCCGUCACCCUCGUGUCCAGGAUGGCGACCAUCAAGUGUGAGCUUAUCAAGAAUCUCACCUCCGAGGAGGCCGUUCAUCACAACAAAGUCUCCAUUAUAGGAACCGGAUCAGUUGGCAUGGCCUGUGCUAUCAGCAUCCUGUUAAAGGGCUUGACCGAUGAACUUGCCCUUGUGGAUGUUGAUGAAGACAAACUGAAGGGUGAGACCAUGGAUCUGCAACAUGGCAGUCCGUUCGUGAAAAUGCCGACUAUUGCCUCCAGCAAAGAUUACCUUGUCACUGCAAACUCCAACCUUGUGGUCAUCACAGCAGGUGCACGCCAGGAAAAGGGAGAAACACGGCUUAAUUUAGUCCAGCGCAACGUGGCCAUCUUUAAGUUGAUGAUUUCCAAUAUUAUCCAGUAUAGCCCUCGCUGCAAACUGAUUGUUGUUUCCAAUCCAGUAGAUAUAUUAACUUACGUGGCCUGGAAAUUGAGUGGAUUUCCCCAAAACCGUGUUAUUGGAAGUGGUUGUAAUCUGGACACUGCCCGUUUCCGUUUCUUGAUUGGGCAAAAGCUUGGUAUUCACUCUGAAAGCUGUCAUGGGUGGAUCCUUGGAGAGCAUGGAGAUUCGAGUGUCCCUGUGUGGAGUGGAGUGAACAUCGCUGGUGUCCCUCUGAAGGAUUUGAGUUCAGAUAUAGGAACUGAUAAAGAUCCCGAGAAGUGGAAAAAUGUCCACAAAGAUGUCAUUGCCAGUGCCUAUGAGAUUAUUAAAAUGAAAGGUUAUACUAAUUGGGCCAUUGGCUUAUCUGUAGCUGAUUUAACGGAAAGCAUUUUGAGGAAUCUUAGAAGAGUGCAUCCAGUUUCCACCAUAAUUAAGGGUCUGUAUGGGAUAAACAAAGAAGUAUUCCUCAGUGUUCCAUGUGUCUUGGGAGAGAGUGGUAUUGCAGACCUUGUAAAGGUGACGCUGACCCCUGAAGAACAGGCCCGUCUGAAGAAGAGUGCAGAAACACUGUGGGAAAUUCAGAAGGAGCUUGAGCUUUAAAGUUGUUUGAAACUAUCUUUCAGAAGUUAUUGAAGAGAUAGUAGGUGUGGAGUUGUAUAUGUCAAAUUUUUUAAUGAACUUGAAAUUGCUAGAAGUUGGAAAUAGGAAAGGAA